AUGAUGAAGAAAAUUGUGAUAAUUUUGGUGAUAGUUACCUUGAGUUUCAAUUACUAUUGCCAAGCGGGAAGUGUUGGCAGAGGACGAUCUGGCAUUUCGAAUUCUCGACGCUCAUAUUAUGGCUCUCAGAAUCCCAAACAGCAACAGCCUACCCAGGCCCCAGCCAUUACACCCAAGGAAUAUUUGGACAAGAAAUCAGGCUUUUCAACAUUUGGCAUAAUUGCCAUUAUAUUUGUGGUCAUCAUCAGUUGUUUGGCAUUCUACUAUGGCAUUAUGUGUUAUCCAUUUUUGUGUCGAGAUGAAAAGAAAUAUCGUUUUAUGGAUGUAUCGUCGACUAUAACUGCGGCAACAUCGCGUUCAAUACAAUCAAUAGAAAAUUAUCCCGAAGAUCAAAAACAUGCCCAGCAACACAACAACGAGGAGCAUAGAUUUAAAUAAGAUCACAACAUGGUUGUGUG